UGUGCAGAUUCGGUAUGAUUCGGUUCGGUAUGAUUCGGAAGAUGUCAGAUGAGAGAUGUCAUGUGUAAUGGUGAUAGAGUGGAAUAAAUGUGUAAAAUAAAAGUGGUCUUUAAUUAAUCAGCACAAUUGGCGACGGAGGAAAAUCAAGGAAAAAGAAAUUGACAAAGAAAAGAUCAUGGAUCAUGGGAAUCAAUACAAUGUACCGCCAUUCAAACGGUCAUUGUUGUCCCCAAAUGAGAAUCGGAAGAAUUGGGAGACGUUCAAGAGGGGAUUCCUCAGUGUUGCACUGGCAACAGCAGAGACAGAUAAGAAGAAACUAAAAGGGAUGCUGCUUGCGUAUGGUGGUCCAGACCUACGAGAGGUAUUCUACCAAAUCCCGGGUGCAGAUAUACCCGGAGAUGACGAUAAUGAUCCGUACAAAAUUGCGUUGAAAAAGCUGGAUGAGCAUUUUGCACCAAAGAGACACGAUUCCUAUGAGAGGCAAAUGUUUUGGUCUCUCAUGCCAGAACCAGAAGAAUCAUUGGAACAGGUGAUUCUGAGGGCAAUGCAUCAAGCCGAGAAGUGUGUCUUUGAAUCGGAGAAGUGCGACGCAAAAACCAGCGCAAAGAUAGACAAGAUCAUAAUGUUGUGUCCGGAAGAGUUGAAGCAGAAAAUCAUGGCUAAACCGAAUUAUGAUUUGGAUGUGUUGCUUCAGUAUAUACACGCAUACCAAGCAGCUAAAGCUCAAGCAAAGGAAAUGAGCAAACAGUCGAGUACGAUUGGUGAAGGUUCAGGCUCGAAUCUGGAGAAGAGUGACCUCAAUGCGGUACAAGAGAAGAAACAGAAGUAUGGAGGGAGACCGAAAGCUCAGGCAGGGCAUUUCACCACAAAAGAUGAAUGUUCUCGUUGUGGUAGAUCCGGGCACACGGCGAAAGAUCCAAAUUGCCCAGCCAUGGAGAAAACUUGUGCCAAAUGUAACAUCAAAGGGCAUUUUGCAAGGAAAUGUCGCACUCGACGAGCACAAAACCUCAAACGGUCAAAUGCAGAAGACGCAUCAACUCCCAAAUCGAAGAUUGCAAAAGUGAAUCAUGUGAGUGAAGAGAAUGAUUCAGAAGAGGAGGAAGGAAACGAUGGAUUUAUAUUCAAUGUGGGGGAUGGUGAUGAAUACAUCUGGUGCAAGGUUGGUGGCAUUUUGAUUGAGAUGCUAAUUGAUUCCGGUUCCACUCACAACAUUAUUGGAGAGAACACGUGGAAGUACUUGAAGAAGAGUGGGAUAUUUGCCCAGAAUAUGACGAAAUCUGUCACCAAACAGCUGAAGGCAUAUGCACAGUCGAGUCCCUUGGAAAUUCUGGGAUCGUUUGAAGCAGAAGUAGUGAUUCAGGAUGUUAAUCGGGAGUUAAAAAGCACGGCGACAUUUUAUGUUGUUAAAGGGGGAUCUCAGCCACUCUUGGGCAAGGCAACAGCCAAGGCCUUGGGAGUUUUGAUGUUGGGAUUGCCAAGUAAGCAACAUAGUGGUAUUUGCGCUGUGCAAGCUCAACAGGGAUCCAAACCAUUUCCCAAAAUCCGUGGAAUUAGUCUGAUGAUUCCCAUUGAUGAAGAUGUCACGCCAGUAAAUCAACAUGCAAGACGGCCACCCAUCGCUCUUCUCAGUAAAGUUGAGGAGAAGUUAGAUGAAUUGCUGAAGGCGGAUAUAAUUGAGCCAGUGGAGGGUCCCAGUGAUUGGGUGUCUCCUGUGGUGGUACUCCCCAAGGAUAAUGGUGACAUUCGAUUGUGCAUCGACAUGAGACAAGCCAACAAAGCUGUGAGGCGCGAGAACCACAUCAUGCCGACAUUUGAGGAUUUUUUGCCUCAAUUGACGAAGGCAAAAUUUUUCUCGAGGCUUGAUGUGAAGAAUGCAUUCCAUCAGAUAGAGUUGAAUCCUGCUUGCAGAAAGAUUACAACAUUCAUCACCCACAAGGGAAUGUUCAGGUACAAAAGAUUGAUGUUUGGCAUAUCUUGUGCCCCGGAGAUCUUCCAAAAGACGAUGGAGCAAAUAUUGUCAGGAUGUAGUAACACCCUGAAUUAUAUUGAUGACAUCGUUGUCUUUGGGUCGUCGGAGGAGGAACAUGAUAAAUCCCUACAGGAGGUUCUAAAAACACUAAAGGAACAUGGAGUACUGUUGAAUCAGGAGAAAUGUGUUUUUAAGGUGCGCCAGUUGGAAUUUUUGGGACACCAAUUGUCUGAGAAGGGGAUAAAUCCUACUGAGAGCAAAGUUGAGGCGAUUCGGAAGUUUCGAUCUCCAAAGUCCAAGGAAGAACUGCGAAGCUUUCUCGGGUUGGUAACAUAUGUGAGUCGGUUCCUACCAGAUUGCUCUACUGUCACACACACUCUGAGAUUAUUGCUCAAUAAGGAUACCUUAUUUGAGUGGAAGGAGAUCCACGAGAAGGCAUUUCAAGCUGUGAAGGAGAUGAUGAGCAAUGCGGAAACUCUCAGUUACUUUGACAAUACAUUGCUCACCAGGGUUAUCGCGGACGCUUCUCCAGUUGCUCUUGGUGCUGUUUUGAUACAAAUUGACAGCAGCAAUGAGGAUAAAAUACAUAUUAUUGCUUACGCUAGCAAAAGUUUGUCGGAUACAGAGCGGCGAUAUUGUCAGACUGAGCGUGAAGCAUUGGCAUUGGUGUGGGCAGUUGAAAAAUUCAGUGUCUAUUUGAUUGGACGAGUGUUUGAACUGGUUACAGAUCACAAACCACUUGAGAUUAUUUUCAAACCGACCACCAAACCCUGUGCGAGAAUUGAAAGGUGGCUUCUAAGGCUGCAAUCCUUCAGGUUCAAAGUAAUCUACAAGAAAGGAUCCAUGAACAUUGCUGAUUCUCUUUCACGGUUGACGGAAAGCAGGGAUUCGAAAGGGUUUGAUAAGGAGGAUAAAUUCUUUAUCAGAGCAGUCAUUGAAUCAGCAGCCAUUGACAUUUCGGAGAUUGAGGAAGCUUCCAGGAAUGACACGGAGUUCCAUGUGGUACGUCAGUGUUUGGAAACGGAUCAAUGGCACGCGCCUGAAGUGAAAUUGUACCAACAUUUCAAGAUGGAACUCAGCUGCAUCGGAGAUAUUCUCAUCAGAGGAACAAAAGUUGUGGUACCUACCUCUUUGAGGCAACGUAUGCUGCAACUUGCUCACGAAGGACAUCCAGGAGAAACCACGAUGAAACGCCGAUUGAGAGAUAGAGUGUGGUGGCCUGGAAUGGACACAGAGGUAACUAAGUUUGUGAGGAGCUGCAAAGGAUGUCAGUUGGUGUCUACUCCGUCCAAACCGGAACCGAUGGUACGCAGGCAGCUUCCACAAGGACCCUGGAUUGAUAUAGCAGUAGAUUUCAUGGGACCUCUACCUACUGGAGAAUAUCUGUUCGUCAUUGUCGACUACUUCAGUCGUUAUAAAGAAGUAGAAGUUAUGAUGAAGAUUACUGCUAAGGAAACAAUCAGGCGGUUGGAGAGAAUUUUCGUGAGAAUGGGUUACCCUAGAACAAUAACGCUGGACAAUGCCAAACAAUUCCUCAGUGAAGAGUUUGAGACCUUCUGCAAACAGCGAGCUAUCACCGUGAACAGAACGAUACCUUACUGGCCACAGCAGAAUGGGGAAGUGGAACGCCAAAAUAGAUCGUUGGUGAAGCGCUUAAAAAUCAGUCAGGCAUUGAAACGUGAUUGGAAGAGUGAUUUGCAAGAAUAUCUUCUAAUGUAUUAUACGACGCCUCAUGCUACUACCGGAAAAACCCCAACAGAACUCUGUUUUGGACGUACCAUUCGGGGUAAGAUUCCUGCAUUGAGUGAUGUCUCUACAAUGCCUCCCAGCUCUGACUUCAGAGACCAAGAUCGAAUUUCAAAAGGAAAAGGAAAGGAAAGGGAGGACAAAAAGAGAGGUGCGAGGCCAGCGGAGCUUGAGUUGGGAGAUCGCGUACUCAUGAGAAACCUGCUUGGAGAAAAGGAGGGAUGUGGUGAUGCACCCUGUGCAGAUUCGGUAUGA